CCUUCAGGAAGAACGGGGUUCAAGGACCUGCGCUAGGGCCCCACCUGCAGGUGUCUGUCAAACCUUGUCAGCCUCAGAGGCUGGGGACACCCUGUCUCUCAGCUCGAGGUUCCUGAACUCAGACAUCUGGUCAGUCCAAAGUGGAUCGAGAGGACUUCAGCCAUGGCUUGGGGAGGGCACCGCACUGAGAGCCCCCGGAAGUUCUAACACUGACUUGUUGGCAUGUUACUUUUUCUUGCUUUUGGGACUGGAAUAGGCACCUACAGACAGGUUUCCAUGUUGAGACUGUGCAGUACCUUACUUGCUCAAUACAUACCUAUUUUUAAUUAGUAAGCAGGAAAAGUAUUGGCGUGAGGAGCUCCAACAGGCUCGCCUUACAGUGUAUCCCAGUACCCGCCCGUUAACACGCCAGACUUAACGCUUAUUCCUGAAGGUAAAGGCUCAGUGAAGGAACCUGUUGAAAAGCAACUUAUUUGAUCUCCCUGAACUCAGUUGGUCUUGGUUCUUCUGCUCCUGGAAGAACAGAAUCGGGUUGUGUGGAGUCUCUGCUAGUAAGGUGUGUUGUCUUCGUAAAUGGGGGCGAUGGUGUCCCCGACAGCCCUGUCCAGCAGGGGACAGUGGCCCAUGGACUGCUGAGUCCGGGAGAGAGGAACUAGGUUGGGCACCAGCCGGCCAGUUUGUCAGGAGGGCCAUGUGGAUGGUGGCACUUCCUUCUUCCCGGACAUCCGGGUCUCUCUCUCCUCCCUGCGUCCGGGGGUCGUUCGGUCGCAGCUCGGCGCAGCAUCUGGGUCCCGCCACGAGGCCUCGACACCAGCUUGCUGACAGCUCUGCUUGCUUUAGGGAGAUCCAGGACGAGGAGCUGCGGAGGUUCUGCUCCCGGGUCAGCUCGCUGCUGCAAAAGGAGGCCUGGGGGCCCGAUGCCGUCGACGCGCUGCGCAGGCUCUUCCUGAUCGUCUCGGCCACGAAGUAUGCCAGGAAGCUGGAGAAGACCUGUGUGGACCUGCUGCAGACCACCCUUUGCCGGCCCAUGUGCCCCGAGCCACUGCAGCUGCUCUGUGCUGCCAUCCUGAGAGAGAUGUCGCCCUGUGACAGCCUGAGCCUGUCCUGUGACCAUGUCCAGAGCACACGGCAGCUGAGCCUGGUGGCCUCUGUGCUCCUGGCCCAGGUAACAUGACUGCUGCCACCCAGGGUGACCACUCUGCCCUUGGUGGCCCUGGGGCCCCGGGAGAAGCAGCAGCCGGUGUGUGGCCCCAUGUGGGUGGGCUCAGCUCAGGUUCCCUGU